CACCCACACACCCAAUUAAUGCCUGGCACCUCUUGCCUAUAGACUCAAUCAGAUUGCGGAUGACAGCCUGGGGGAUUGUAGCCCACUCAGGCCCAAGGCGGCAGCCAGCUGUUGUAGUGUCUGAGGUUGUGGUCGCACACGUCUAUCCAAUUCAUCCCAAAGAUGCUCAAUUGGGUUUAAAUCGAGGGAUCUGGAAGGCCAUGGCAGAACAUAGAUGCUGUUUCCUAGGAAGGCCGUGGUGAUGCGUGCUGUAUGAGGACGGGCUUUGUCCUGUUGGAAACAGCGUUGACCAUGGUGGGUACGAUCUCAUCGACAUAGUGCUGUGCUGUCAAGUUCCCCGUGAUGUGCACAAAGUCAGUCCUGGUGUUGUGAGAAAUGGCUGACCACAUCAUGACACUUUCUCCACCAAAUCUGUCCACUUCCUGUAUGCAAUUUGCUGCGAAGUGUUCACCUCUUCCGCGGUAGACACGGGCCCUUCCAUCCUGUCUGCAGAUCAUGAAUCGGGAUUCAUCGCUGAACCAUACGUGUCCCCAUCGUUUUUGAUGCCAUACCCUGUGCACUCGAAACCAUUGCAGUCGUAGCUGGCGAUGCUGCCUAGACAAACGUCUAACAGGACGUCAUGGUCACAACCCUGCCUCUCGUAGAGGGUUUCGGAGAGUCCCGUCCAAGAUCCUGCGCAGUCCUGGUACUGAGGAUGCAGUGGAGGCAGCAGUUGUCACUCCUUUGGCGUAGGUGGCCCAACCGGAUGUAGCGGUCUUUGGCAGGAGAGGUGACACGCGGUCUACCGGAUCUGAGAAGAUUUGAUGCAGCAGAGGUAUACUUGGGAAGAAUUGAGUUGCAAUACACAUAGAUUGUCUGUGAGAGCAAAAUGUCAACUCGUGGGUACUCUGGAAUGAACUAUGACCGGCAGGUUGAAAACACAAACACUUCAACAUUCCACAAGAUGAAGGAAACCUACUGGACCACAAAGCAGGCAGUUAUACAGAAACUUGGCAAGAAGGAAGAUGAGCAUGUUGUGGCCUCAGAUCAUGAACUGGAUUCAAAAUUAGAUGUGUUCAGGGCUGUGCAGAAGUCCUCCAUGGAUCUGCUGAGAGUCAUCGAGAGAUACCAAGAUCGGCUCUGUGCUGUGUCUCAAGAGGAGAAUGCAAUGGGUCGAUUCUUGAAAGCUCAGAGCAGCCAUGACAAGACCCGAGCUGGCAAGAUGAUGGCCGCUGUAGGCAAAUCACAGAGCUUUGCGGCACAGCAGAGGUUGGCAUUACGUGUUCCGUUGGUGCGGCUAUACCAGGAAGUAGAAACAUUCCGAUAUAGGGCAAUAUCAGACACACUUGUCACGAUAAACCGAAUGGAGGGAGCACGCACAGAAUACAGAGGAGCUCUGCUCUGGAUGAAGAAUGUUUCUGAAGAAUUAGAUCCUGACACCUAUAAACAGCUUGAAAAGUUCCGUAAGGUCCAGGGGCAAGUACGCAAAACAAAAGCUAGGUUUGACAAAUUGAAACUGGAUGUAAUGCAGAAAGUGGACCUCCUUGCAGCCAGUCGAUGCAACAUGUUCUCUCAUGUCCUUGCCAACUACCAGUCAACACUACUACAUUUCUGGGAGAAAACAUCGCGUACCAUGUCAGCAGUUGCUGAGAGCUUUAAAGGAUAUCAGCAUUAUGAGUUCAACAUGCUCAAGGAGCUUGCAGAACCUAGUAGGCAACUUUUGGAAGAUGCACCUAAAAGGCAUGAAGAACCACAGAAAGAUACUGACAAUGAUGGAUUUGAUCCAGAGAAUGUGAGCAGUGAGGAAACUCGCUCUCAAGAGGAUCACAGUGUAGAGGAGGAUGAAGAUGAGGAAGACAGUGUUAGAAGAAAUGAGAGCCUCCCACGUUUAAAACCUACUCAUGGCCCCACCUCUGAAGUUGAUAGGCUCCUGGCUUUUGACGAUGAAUACCGGGAUGAAGAUGAUAACAAGGAAAACACAUCAGAUGAAAAUCUAAAAAAUCUCCAAGUUAACCAAAGUUCAUCAGAAGAAAACAACAAAAACAAACCCAUCAAGCAAAGGAAUAGUGAUUUUGGGCCUUUCAUUGAGUUUGAUGAAGAUGACAGCCAAGAACAGGAGGAUUUUAGCUUUUCUGGGAAACUGUUGGAGAAAAGGAUAGAGCUGAAGACAGAAAGUGGCUCCCAAGAUUUGUUGACGGAAGAUUUAGAACAAAGUGAUGUUGAGAAAGAUGAUAUGACCCUUCUCAAUGAAAUCCUCAAUGCUCCAUCAACAGGAGAAGAUGAAUUUGCCCAAGAGUGGCAAGCAGUAUUUGGUUCAAAUCCUCUCCAUGCCUCGCCAGCCAUGGUUCCAGCUGAGCCAGAUCACUCCAAGGCUCCGGCAGAGUUCAUGCCCUCAAGUCUAUUGGAUAUUUCUUCCCAUAUGUCAAGCCUUGCACUAACAUCAGGUGGAACUACUCAGAUGCCAGCAGCAGCACCAGUUCCCAGAUUACAGCAAGGUAUGGGUGCUGGCAUGUCGUCCUCGACCACUGGACCAGGCUCACAACAAAUGCCAAAAUCAAAAUCCCAGCAGCCACCAAGCAAGAAGGCCCAGAAAUCUGACAUGUCUGCUUGGUUCAAUCUGUUUGCUGAUCUUGACCCGCUGUCUGACCCUGAUGCUGUUGGUAGGCCUGAUAAAGAGAGCAAUGCAGCAUAACGGUCAGCUGACAUGAAGAGACUUGACUUUGAUCCUGAUACUGAAGACUGACAUGGCCAAGACUGUUACCAGGCGUGACUGAUACAAGUUUGCUCUAGACUAAAGUUUUUGUGAACAAUAUGUUUUUCUUAUGUAGCAUGAAGAAAUCUGUGAAAUAGACAUGUUACGUCUGAUACAUGCUGUUGUUUAAUAUUUGAAAUUGUGGAAAUGUUGAUCCGUGUCUUCAGUUUCAUUUGUGUCCAUUCCAUCAAAGGUUGUAUAUUGCUCCAUAUAUAUAGUCUAUAUAGAUUAUAAUUAUUGUAAUGAUGUUUGAGAAUCGCAAGUCUGGGCAUGUAUGUAGUUACAUCACAAUGUGGUUUUUGUUCUGGUUAUGUAUUGUACAUGUUAUCAAAAGAAGAAGUUUGUAUGAACAGCAUGAGCAGAGCAACCUAUUCUCAAGUAAAAUAAAGGUAAAGUGGGCCCUUAGCAAUACUGGUUACACAAAUGUUUCAUGUAAUUUGCCUACAUGGAUAUGUCCUUGUGUUUGUGCACAGUACUAGGCAUCAGUCCCUGUCACCACAGCCACCUUUAUAAGAUUGUUUGAAUGCAGUUUGUAUUCAGCCCUAUGAUUUGAGACUUGCAGUGUACAGUUGUCAGGCUGCUGUGGCUACCUACAAGACUGCUGCAAACCAACCUUUAACCAGAGGAAAACCUGUGAGGGAUAUUUCUGUAAUUAAACUACUGUAUAUUUCUUGACAAUAGUCAGGGAAGGAAUAUGGCAAGUCUGUAAGUUGUGUAUAAUUUACAGCAAGAAUGUGUCAAAUGUUCUUAAUAUGAAGAACUGAUACUUUUCCCACAAGGAAGGAUUUGAAGAUGCCAGAUAACCUGUUGCUCUCUUUCAGGUAAUUGUAGUUAUGAUGAAUGGUGUCAGUGGAAGUUUUUUCUUGUGUCUGUACAUAUGUCCAUGUCAUGUAGUGAUUCAUACCUUACAGGUUUUAAUUCAUUAGCACAGCAUGAUAAGAGUGAAAGACCAGGAAUUCACUUCUUUCUGUUGGUAAACUUAAUGUUUUAAUUUAUUACUUGAAUGAAUGCAGUACAUUUUGAACAUGUUCAGUACAAUAUUCUUGCUGUUUGGAGUAUUUACCAAUUCCACUGAUAACUCCACAUCAUAAACAGAGCAGAGAUUUUUAUCCUUCAAGCUCAAAGAUUGAUGUGAGCUUAUGAGAUGUGUUGUGUAUCCAUCAUACAUAUUUUGAUUCCUCUGAAACAACAAGGACUAUGAUGCUAAAAGUAAUGGGGUUUCUCAAUACACUUAUGACUUCAAUCAUAGCCUGUGGCAGCCUCAUUGAAAAUGUCAUACUGGCCAAAAGCCAUUUCUGCAAGAUUUAAAGUUUGUAGGAGCUGUAUAAUGUUUAGCUGAAUCUUUUUCACAAUUCAGUCUAUAAUGUUGCAAAUAUGACAAAAUAUACUCAAAGGCAAAGGUUAUUGUGACACACAAAUAACUGUCAUGAAUGAAAUGUUAUUACAUGGAAAGAAAAAUGUUUCAAGGUUGGAAAUGAUCAACAGUCCAAAAGACCAGUGCACAAGCAUGUGGCACAUCAUGUGCAUUGAUACAGACCUGGAACCUUUGUUCCAUUAGCCACUAAAUGUCGAAAGUCCUGAGGAAGAUCAUUCCAUAUCGGUGGAAGAAUUUGGCACAGUUGCUGCAGUAUUUUUGGAUGAUUUGGUUGAUUUCGUAAACUUCGCACCAUUUCAUCCCAGGUAUGUUUAAUGUCAUGGCUCUGUGGAGAGGGAAACAGAAAACUCCACUCACAUGCUCCACCAUUGCAAGUGUUGUCUGCUCCACUGUAGAUGAUCUGGCUGAGUGUCUUGUACAGAAGUCGUACACAGACUGAAGCAUAUCUAUAUUUCUCCAUGUGCCAUUUUCCCAGAGGCAUGGCAUGUCAAACUUGUUCCAGAACGAUGAAUAGAGGUGUUUUUGUGACUUCUUCACUUCUUUAGACAGCAUUUAGUGGAAAUGGUAAGCAUCUGGUUGUCUGACCUUUUCAAAAUAACAUUGCAGGCAUAUUUUCUCAAAUAUGCCAUGCUGCUCAGAAAUUAUGGCAACAAAUGCUUGGUUGCGUUUGACAAUUGUAACACACUCUCCUCUAGUUCCAAUACAAAAAUUCAUUCACCAGGUUACCAAUGAAAAGGUCUUUGUCACAAUAACUUUUGUCUCUGAGUAUAAAAAGAUCUGCAGAACCUCAGGGCUGUAUGUUGUUGGUACAUCACUGAUGUGAUGACUUUGUCUUAAAUAUUGAUUGACAGAGCAUCCAGCUGAAAACUUCAUAGUGUAUAGUUACAGGUGGAAGUCCAAACCCUUCAAGAGGCUGUGGAACAAAGAAUAUGACAUCAAUAAGAUUUUUGUGGGCCUUGAAGUUCAAGUUCACACAUUAAGUUAUAUUUGUGAUGUAAAAUUUGAAUAGACUUUCAUUCCCACUUGCAUUAUGAUCUGUCUGACAAAGCUAGCUUGCUGGGCAUGGUUGGUCUGGCCAUUUUGGCUCUGUUGGACCUCAUGUCCUGUGUCAGUUCCUCACCCAUCGGUUUGUCUGUUAACAGAGAUCUUUAUAUAUCUCUACACUCAAUGAUCACAAAUACCUUUGCCAUAUUUUCCAAACACAUUUUAUGUAUCAGUUAUUUAUAAAAGUAUUUAAUUAGCAAAAACACAAAAAUAGCUGCCACAACUGAACACUUCAGUGACAAAAUCCUACAACAGGCUCAUGUUAUUCAACAUCAACAGAAAGAAAUGUAGUUUACAAGGAGAAGGGGGACUUUUGGUGAGAAAUAAGACAUGCAAGUUUUCAUGUCUUCAUGUACAAUAUUCACAGGUCAUAACGACGAGUGUGUUAGCAAAA